AUGAUACCUUGCCCGAAAGUUUUAAAAGACUGUAAUGAAAACAUGAAUUGCGUCGAUAAAUUAGAUCAAAACAAAAAGUCCUGCCAAAUUGACCGCAAAAGCCAAAAAUGGUGGCACCGUAUAUUUUUUCAUUUCAUCGAUAUAGCAGUUCUAAAUUCACAUGUUAUAUAUACACAAUCCACCAAAACAACAAUAACUAUGAAAAACUUCCGACGUGAUAUUUCAAGGGAGCUACUAAACAAAACAAUUGUUUGUAAACGUCAAUCUAAGAGCACUAAAAAAUCACCAUCAGAAAUUAAAAAACACAAGCCAUUUGUACUUGACUCUCUUCGUUUGGAAAAAUCAGCUCAUCAACCGAAAAUAUCGACAAGAAGAAGAUGUGCAAAAUGCAGCACAAGAGAAAAAGAAGUUAGAACUGAGUGGAUGUGUGCAGUAUGUAAAGUUCCACUUUGCAUUACAAAAAACCGAAACUGUUUUGCUGAUCAUCAUAAGUGUAACUGGUAA